UAUACGAUAUGACAGUGAGGACAACAGGUGCAACAAAAAUAGGGGAAUUGUAAAACAGUUGAGUCGGAACACAGAAGGUCGAUAUUUCGAAAAACGGAUGUCAGGAAACGCACAUGACUUAGUGUGUUCCAUACAAGUGUCGAGCUUUAUUGUUAUAAUACUUUGUUAGUUGUUACAGUUAGCGCGUUAGUUCAAUAAUUUUAUUUGUUUGUACGGUUUAUCUUUGACUGUGAUUUUGGAGAGAUGGGAGAUAACGAUUCUGUGAUUACUAUUAACGAUUUACCAUUAACUUUUAGCAUUAAAUAUUUAGGAAGCCAGCCAUCUAAAGGCCUAUGGGGAAUGAAACACACAAGAAAACCAGUAGACUAUUUAGUAUCCCAAGCCAAAAACUUACCCCCAAAUGUCAUAUUACCAAUGGUCAACUUCACCGUAUCAGAAAAUGGAGUGUCGUUCGUAGAAAUGUCGAACAAAAAAGCCAAAGGAGAACCAACCAAAUUUUCCGUUGAUAUAAUUUCAUAUGGUGUGCAAGAUUUAGUCUAUACAAGGGUAUUUAGUAUGAUAGUUGUAACUGAGGAUACACUGGAACAUGGAAUUCCAUUCGAAUGCCACAGUUUUGUGUGUGAAUCUAGGGACCAAGCUAGAAAAAUUACGUAUGCAUUAGCUGCAGCUUUUCAAGAUUAUGGAAGAAAGUUCAAGUCUGAUAAUAGUGAAAGACCCAUUAAGAAGUUUGCUAUAGAUUUAAGAACACCAGAGGAACAAGCUGUAGCAUCAGAUGGUGAAACCGAUGCUUGAAAUUCAGUAUUUAUUAUAUUUUAAGAAAAUGUAUAUUAUGUACUUAGGAGCUUUUUUAUUGUUAUGUUAGGAUAAUUUAAAAGAUAUUAAACACAAUUAAUUUUAA